AUGGCUGACUCUGGUCCAUUAUAUCUGGGGUUGGAUCUCUCCACCCAGCAGCUCAAAGUUCUCGCUGUCAAAUCAAACCUAGAAACCGUAUUCGAAGAAGCCGUCUCCUUCGACGACGAUCUUCCCUCCUAUGGCGUCCGGAAAGGCGUUUUCGUCAACGAAAAGGACGAUGAAGUCUUCGCCCCUGUCGCAAUGUGGAUCGAAGCCCUGGACCUUCUCCUCCAGCGUAUGAAGAACAAAGGUUUUGACUUUUCCAGGGUCAAAGGCAUCAGUGGGGCCGGCCAGCAGCAUGGCAGCGUAUAUUGGUCCGAGGGUGCAGAAUCUCUUCUAUCCUCUCUGUCGACUGAAAAAUCCCUUCUGGAGCAAUUAUCACCAAAAGCUUUCAGUUGGAAGUUCUCUCCAAAUUGGCAAGAUCAUAGUACUUCUGAACAAGUUGCUGCAUUUGAUGACCGUGUCGGUGGUGAUGAUUUACUCGCCAAAGCCACUGGCUCAGGUGGUCACCACCGUUUCACCGGACCUCAAAUCCUUCGUUUCGUUCAACUUCAUCCGGAGGAAUAUGCUGCUACAAGUAGAAUAUCUCUUGUAUCAUCUUUCCUAGCUUCUCUCUUCCUCGGAAAAAUCGCACCAAUAGAUAUCUCCGAUGUAUGCGGCAUGAACCUCUUCAACAUCGAAACAAAAACCUGGGAUGACAGACUCAUUUCUCUAGCUGCAUCUCCAUCCGGAACAGACCCCGCAGCUACAAAAGUCCUUUAUGAGAAGCUAGGAGAAGUAGAACCCGAUGGUGGUAAAAAUUUGGGACCGAUAUCUUCUUACUUUGUCAAGAAAUGGGGGUUUCCUACCGAUUGUGCUAUUAUCCCUAGUACGGGGGAUAACCCGUCCACCAUCCUCGCAUUGCCACUACACCCUCAAGAUGCUAUCGUUAGCUUGGGAACUAGCACCACCAUCCUGAUGAGCACAGAAAAAUACUAUCCUUCCCCGGCAUAUCAUAUGUUCAACCACCCGACUCAACCGGGAUUAUACAUGUUCAUGCUUUGCUACAAAAAUGGUGGUCUGGCACGAGAGGAGAUCAGAGAUGCCGUCAACAGAGCCAAAGGUAUCCACGACCAUUCUUGGGCACAAUUUAACAAAGCUGCGAUCGAAACUCCAGUACUGGGAAAGACUUCUCCAAACGAUAAAUCAAAACUAGGGUUUUACUUCCCGCUACCGGAAAUCGUACCCAAUGUGCAAAACCCUGGGUUUUAUAGAUUCGAAGUUGAUAACACUUCGAAGAAGAUUGAAGAGUCGAAGGGAUGGGAUGUCACACAUGAUGCAAGGGCUAUCGUUGAAUCCCAGGCGUUGAGCAUGCGCAUUCGAAGUGCCCCUCUAUUGGACCCUAAAAACCCACAACCUAGAAGGGUAUACCUCGUCGGAGGUGGUAGCAGGAAUAAGGCUAUCGCUCACGUCUUGGCGGACGUACUAGGUGGUAUUGAAGGCGUUUACAAGUUGGACGUAGGUAACGCCUGUGCUUUGGGAGCGGCGUACAAGGCUUUAUGGGCGGUCGAGAGGCGGGAUUCUGGGGAGUCGUUUGAAGAUUUGAUUGGAAGUAGGUGGAACGAGGAAGGCAAGGUGGAAAAGGUUAUGGAUGGAUAUAAGAAGGGGACUUGGGAAGCUUAUGGGGAUGUUGUGCAGGCUUACACGGAGGCAGAAGCAAAAGUGCAGAGGGGCGACGUCAAAGGUGAUACCUCUCUGAUAUAA